GACCCGAUUACAGUUCCUAAUCUGCGGUGAAAAAUUGGUGCAUAAUCUACUUGCAGACCAGCUGUCUAGAAAAGUAAGAUGGGUCAGGCUCAUAGCGAGGUGGCGGCAGUUGAUCAAACUCAGAGUCAGAGCGACCAGUCAGCAUCAUCGGUUGAGUUACCUGAUUCCCAGCCACAUACGUCAAUCGAAUCUCUCAUUGCAGAAGCUGUUGCAUUUGGCAAUGAAGAGAAUGAGUCUCUUGAUGCAAAAGCUCAGAAAGCACUAGAGUGCCCAUGCAUAGCUGACUUGCGCAAGGGCUCAUGUGGGGUUCCGUUUUCAGAAGCGUUCCUUUGUUUUCUCAAAAGUACCGCUGAGGAAAAGGGUUCGGACUGUGUACAUCCAUUUGUGGCUUUGCAGAAUUGCAUUAAAGCAAAUCCUGAUGCAUUUCCAAAGGACGUUUUAGAAGAAGAAGAAGUGAGAAAAGACGACAAAGUGGCAGCUCAAGAGUACGAAAUUCUCCCUCCGACAUGGUCACGGGAAUCUCCAAGCCAAAAAUCCAAGCUCUAAAUAGACAUUCUUGCACAGCAAUUACAGUUCUGAAAUACUGAUUUUGAUCCAGACAAUUGUUGGCCUCUAAUUAUUUGAAAAAUGGAAUUUAUUAUGAACCCAAAAGACUGUAUGAAAUUAGCAAUAUAUCGAAUUGAUUUGAUACUUUAA